CCGGUGUAUGUCCGCUGGAUUGUGAGGCCCGGGAUCUGGGCUCCGCCGUGGUACAGAAAUGCUGUGCCGGCUCGGCGGUCGGUGGCUGCGGCGGCUCCCCGCCCUGCAGCUUUGGGCUAGGGACCCGCCGCUUGCGCCGGUUCCUACGAGCGGCGCCAAGCGCCCCACUCUCCCAGUGUGGGCAGUGGCACCAGUCUCUGCAGUACAUGCGAACGGCUGGUACGAGGCCCUGGCCGCGUCUUCGCCUGUGCGGGUUGCGGAGGAAGUACUGCUCGGCGUGCACGCAGCCACGGGCCUGCCCUGGUGGGGCAGCAUUCUGCUCUCCACCGUGGCCUUACGGGGUGCUGUCACGCUGCCUUUGGCCGCCUACCAGCACUACAUCCUGGCCAAGGUGAGGGGCGCCGAGCCGUGCGCGUACCCUGCGCUGCAACCCCUGCGGCGGAGGAAGGCCGACAUUCACUCAGGGUUUUCGAUCCCACGAUAUUGCCUGCUGCGGUGCUUAGUGUUUAAUGAUCGUGACCAUUUCAUUGUGACCAUUUUAGCGUCAAAAAAAAAAAAAUUAACUAGCAUUAGGUGUGUUAAAUAAGAUACUUUGUGACACAUGUACCUGUCAUUUCGUUUGUCUUACUGGAUUUGUGCUCCAAGCACAAGUGGUUACUAUACUUGCUCUCGGGGAACGGAGACAAAGAAAUCAGUCGCAGAAGAAAUUGUGUUGGUGAAACCUAUAAAAUUUAUGUCUUAAAAGUUUUAACAGCCAGUAUGUCUGCAUUGUCUUUCGUCCCAAAGUAUUCCAGCUGGUCUUUAUUAUUCGGAAGAAACUACUAGACUAACAGUUUGCAAACUUGAUUCCUCUCCAGGCCCGACUAAGACUGUGUCUGGUUGGUGGCAGUUACUUGACCUUUUAAUGCUGAAUCCUUUUUUCUGAGGAAUCAGGAUAGCAGUACCUUCCUUGCCUACUUCAUAACGUUAUCAGAGCAAGUCAGAUAAUACGGGUUAAAGUGCUUGAUUAUUCAAAUGGGAUAUUUCAAAAAUAGUGGCUUUCAUGUUUUCAGGUUGUGAGCAUGGGGGAAAAAAAACCGAAAGCAAAACAGGAACGGAAUCAGCAGUAACAUUAAGGCAAUGAGCCAUUUUACAGGAAGAAUGAACACAGGGCAGGAAUAAAUGCUAUUUUUAUUUUUGAUUUGUGGCUAUCACAGUGUAUUAAAGGUUCUUAACAAACUGCUGUUUUCUCCGCUUACGUUACUAGGAAAUCUAGAGAUGGAACAGUAAAGCCCAGGGUGCAGUUCUUAUCUAAUACUUCUAACCCUGUGAACUAGGUGGAAAAUUUGCAGCCAGAAAUAAAAACUAUUGCCAGGCAUCUUAACCAAGAAGUUGCAGUUCGUGCAAAUCAGUUGGGGUGGUCCAAAAGAGAUGCCAGACGGAGUUUUGCUCUUGGUGCCCAGGCUGGAGUGCAAUGGUGUGAUCUCGGCUCAUCACAACCUCUGCCUCCCAGGUUCAAGUGAUUCUCCGCCCUCAGCCUGCCGAGUAGCUGGGAUUAACAGGCUCACUUAUCUAAAGAAUAUGAGGAGGCUAAUUUCAGAGCUAUAUGUGCGAGAUAACUGCCACCCUUUCAAAGCCACUGUGUUGGUUUGGAUUCAACUUCCAAUGUGGAUCUUCAUGUCUUUUGCUCUCCGGAAUUUAAGCACAGGGGCAGCACAUUCAGAAGGUUUUUCUGUUCAGGAACAGUUAGCUACUGGUGGGAUUCUGUGGUUUCCUGACCUCACUGUACCGGACUCCACGUGGAUUCUGCCUAUCUCUGUUGGCGUCAUCAAUUUGUUAAUAGUGGAGAUUUGUGCUCUACAAAAAAUUGGAAUGUCUCGUUUUCAGACAUAUAUUACAUACUUUGUCCGUGCAAUGUCAGUGUUGAUGAUACCAAUUGCUGCAACGGUACCCUCAUCAAUUGUUCUCUACUGGUUAUGCUCCAGCUUCGUGGGCCUUUCACAGAAUUUGCUGCUGCGUUCUCCUGGAUUUCGCCAACUUUGCCGAAUACCAUCGACCAAGUCAGAUUCAGAAACUCCUUAUAAAGACAUAUUUACUGCCUUGAAUACCAAGUUCAUUUCAAGAAAAUGACAUAUUUUCCAAUAAUUUUGAAACAGUUGCAAGAGUCACUAUCACCUUAAUGUAUUUAGACUUAGAAAUUCAGAUGUUACUUGAUUUCCUUUUAUUUAAAAUCAUUAACUUCAUGAAAUAUUGUAGGCUAAGAUGUAAUCCAGACCAGGCACAGCGGCUCAUGCCUGUAAUCCCAGCACUUUGGGAGGCCUAGGUGGGUGGAUCACCUGAGGUCAGGAGUUCGAGACCAGCCUGGCCAAUAUGGUGAAACCCUGUCUGUACUAAAAAUACAAAAAAAUUACCUGGGCGUAGUGGCAGGCACCUGUAAUCCCAGCUACUUGGGAGGCUGAGGCAGGAGAAUCGCUUGAACCUGGGAUACAGAGGUUUCAGUGAGCUGAGAUCACCCCAUUGCAUUCCAGCCUGGACAAUAAGAGUGAAACUCUGUCAAAGAAAAAAAAAAGAUGUAAUCCAGAUAUAUUUGACAGUAAUUAAAAUCUUUUAAAUGUUAUAAAUGCAGUAUGUUUAAUUGUGAAAGUAUUAGAAUAGAACCAAAGUGCCUGUCUCUGUUUAUAAAGUUACAAUUUGUUAGAGCUACCAGAACUUUGGAGAAUAGGGUUAGCUACUGAAUGAUGGCAAAUUAAACAAUACUGCAUAUUACUGUUUUGUAAAAUAAGAGGAUCAGUGAGAUGAUUCAUGGUUUUUUUUUUUUUUGAGAUGGAGUCUCACUGUGUCGCCCAGGCUGGAGUGCGGUGGCGCAAUCUCAGCUCACUGCAACCUCCACCUCCUGGAUUCCAGUGAUUUUCCUGCCUCAGCCUCCAAGUAUCUGGGAUUGCAGGCACACACCACCACGCCCAGCUAAUUUUUGUAUUUUUAGUAGAGAUGGGGUUUCACCAUGUUGGGCAGGCUGGUCUGGAACUGCUGACCUCAAGUGAUCCACCCGCCUUGGCCUCCCAAAGUGCUGGGAUUACAGGCAUGAGCCACCUCACCCAGCAUUUUUUUUUUAAUUUUUUUAAUGAGACGGAGUCUCUCUCUGUCACCUAGGCUGGAGUGCGGUGGCACGAUCUCGGCUCACUGCAACCUCUGCCUCCCGUGUUCAAGCAAUUCUCCUACCUCAGCCUCCUGAGUAGCUGGGACUACAGGGGUACACCACCAUGCCCAGCUAAGUUUUGUAUUUUUAGUAGAGAUGGGGUUUCACCAUGUUGGCUAAGCUGGUUUUGAACUCCUGGCCUCAAGUGAUCUGCCCACCUCGGCCUCCCAAAGUACUGGGAUUACAGGUGUGAGCCACUGCGCCCAGCUGAGAUGUUUCUUAUUAUUUUGGAGGUGGAGAGGAUUUUAGACCUCUUUGAGCAAUCUGAAAAAAGGCUAUAUAUGUAUGGUUUUCUCUUCAGAAAAAUCUUAAGACUCAGAAUACGGGGACUUCCUUGUUACCAGGAAGGUUUUCUGGCAACUCCUAGUUAAUCUUAUUCUAAUGGAACAUACAUUGAUCCUGAGUUAAUGCGUGGUUGAAAAAGAAAAGGGGGGGCGACUUGAAAUAUGUGCAGUAGAGUAGUCCAUGCAUACAAGUACCUAACAUGGUAGAUGAUGUUGCCUCCCAGCCCUGCUCAGAAAGAAUACAAAAAGUGUACAUUCCUUUUUCUAUAAUUUAAGAAGUCUGGAAUACAGAGUAUAGCACUGUGUACUGCUAGCACCCAAAGUGAAAAAUCUUAAGCAUUCAGUUUGUUUAGUCAAAGAAGGAAACUGGAAGGGAAGUUGCCUACUGAGGUGAUUUUAAACCUGUUUAUUUGUAAGGAUUAAGUACCCUAAUAGGUUUAAACUAUGAUAGAGGUUUAAUACAGGAAAAAUUGACAGGUAUUAUAAAUUGUGGAUCCAGUUACUUGCUUAUUUAAUUUGUAAAGAGGUAAAAUUAGCUCUGGUUGAGAUAUCAAGUAUGACAGGUAUUUGAGAAGGCUAUAAAUCAUAAAUUUUCAUUUAGUUAAAAUAUGGACCUGAUUCUGGGAAACCCUGUCAUUCCAUCUCAAUGGUUUACAAUAAAAUAAAAACUGAAGUGAAAUUCA